GAGGAAUACCGGUAACUCGUUCUCUACAUCUCCCUCUCCAACUCGCAUUUGACCAAACCCCUCCUUUCUUUCUUGCAAACCUUUUCUUUUCUUUUCGUUCCACACAUACUUUUAUUCUAGCUUAGUUCCCGCCCAUCCACCGGUAUCACUGUAAGGCUGUCCAUUCCUGAUUUUCGAAGCCUUUCCAGUCCCUCUCAACCUUCUCUUCAUAUUUUCUCCCUUCUCUGCUCUUUUCCUCGUCCUUUGUCUGCCAUCUCUCUCUCUGCCCGUGUGUGUUUCGUCUCACUUUGCCCUUCCUCCCUUUGGCCGCCCCUCGACUCGGGAAGGGCCCUCCCAAUCCCACGACCUAGUCUAUAACCAUCGGCGACGCAAGCACCGAUAGAACGCCCUCACCCACUCAAAGAAAAAAAAUCAAAAAUCAAUAUCAUACACAAGUAAUAGACCAGCUGCUUACUAUCUCUUACUUUCGCUCGGUCCCCUCACUCACACAUUUACUCCCCCUGCCCACACUAAUUCUUUCUCACCUCACUCAAUUGAUUCUCGCCACUUUCAUACAUAAUCCUGCCGGCACUUACUCGAUCCCUUCCUUCCUUCCUUCCCCAAGGGUUAAUUCACCCUAAACCCAUUCCCUUUAACAUCGACCAACCAUCCCACCUUGUAAAACUCUUCUUCCCGCUCCAUCAUCCAUUACCACCACCCCAUCACCUUAUUCUCCAGAGCACCUAUCAUUCAUAUCCCCCACCCCCAUCCUUUUACUUCUAAAUCCACAUUAAAUUAAACUUUCUCAUCAUCAUCAUCACAUUUUCCACUUCGCUUUUCUGCAUUGUUAAAUUAUCCAAGGUGGCCAAAGAAAAAAAGAUUAAGGAUUCAAUCGUGGGAGUUUCGUCAUCCUGUCUCUUUCAGGGAUUCGUACAGUAGGCACGGGAGCUUGAGAGAGAAAAAACAAAAAAAAGAUGUCCUUCGGUCAUGACUCAAUAUUAAGCGGUGGCAGUUCGGGGUCAAGAGAAGGUUUAGCGAUGAAUUGGGUGCUGGAUCAUGUACUCGCCUACCCUGCUACAUACGACUUUGCUCUACCACUUAGAACCAUUUACAUACUCAACUCGACAACACCUCAUACAUCUCCUGCUGAUUUUAAGUUACUACUUCUAGAACAUAUAUCAAAUCUUCCAUCUCAACCUUGCACUCUUCCACCGUCAUUUCUUUCUACUUUUGUCAGGAAAUGUUUCCCGCGGGACCUGGAAAAUGUCCAGUUUGAUCAGGCAUUCACGGCGUUGGAUUAUAUCCGGGACCUGGAGGUCCGGAGGUCAAAGGAGCUGGAGAAGGCUGCCAGAGCUAGGGGUGAGGGUGACCGGAGAAUAGUAAAUCUCAGGGUCAAGUCUAUUAGGACCGAACAAUUUUAUGCUAGAGCUAUUGCCGGCAUCAGACGCUGGACCUUGCUCCACGAACUUUCCAUCACACCAUUCAACAAGUUCAACUGCAUUGCAAUCCUCAACACACUCUAUCCGAUUGAAGAAGCCGACAUCAACUCGUAUUUACCCGCACCCACACUCGCCAGCCAACGUCAUGCACUUUGGCGGUACAUCACCGGAGUAGAGAAAAAUGGACCGGGAAUAUUAGAAUCUGUUCGAACCAGCAAUGGCGGUUGGGCGGGGGUUAGUGAAGCCGUAAACGCAUAUCUCAGAUUGUCCCUAGAUAUGAUCCAGAAGGCGGACGAACUGGCGAGACCAUCCAGCAUCGGCAGUUUCCGGUCAGAUGACAGUAUGGACAUGGGCGCAACAUCAAUCGCUCACACAGCACCCGAGAGGAAGCGGAAGAAGGGCGGGUUUCUGAGAAGAGACACGAUUAGCAGCGAAACAUCGGAAGAAGAGGAUGGGAAGGCGAGCACCUUGGAACGCAUUGUGAGAGGUCUAGCUAGACUGGGAUCAUCUCAGCAGCAUCUGGGCUCGCCUAAAAAGCUAUACGAGAGUGAUGCCGGCAGUGAGGAGGACUUUCCCAUGAGAUAUGAUUGAUCGAUCGUUGCAAACGAACCGGGAAAAGGGGAAACGAGUGUUUGGUGGAGACGAAAUGAAAUGCUUUACCGAUUUUGGCUGGCUGGGGCGGAUGGAGUUGCUGUCCAUCGGCAAUUCACGAACCGGAAUGACAAUGAACCAAAAAGAAAAAAAAAACCCCGAACGAAGCAUACACGACGGCGGUAUACAAGGGGGCCUUUCUCUCUCUUUAUAUAUCAUAUCUAUCCAUCUUUCGGACAGGCGCAGAUACCACACACAUAUAUUAUGACAUGACUUUGUGUUUUUGUCCUUUUUUCUUCUCUUUUUCUACCCUUUUCCCUUUCAUUUUUAUUUUUAAAUGGCACAGCGGACGGAACUUUUCACGAAAAAGAAAAAAUGAAGGACAAGAAGGUAGGGGCGACCCUGGAAAUGCACUUAUCGGUACGACAUGACCUACGAACAAAGCGAAGACUUGCUCGCAUUUUAUUUAUUAAAUUUUAUUCUUCUUCCGUGUUGGGGAUUUUUUUAUCUUUUUUGUCCCCCUCCUUUUUUCUCUCCCCCCCUUUUCUCCCCUAUCCUGUUGAAUAACUACGCACGAUACCGCUGCACACUCUUCAUGUGAGCACGGGUUCCUUGUCCUUUUUUUCUCCCUCCAAUUCUUGGUCGAUAGGAGAGGUUGUCCGUGUCAGUGUCACACCAUAUCACCCACCCCCACGGAAGUCUUCAACCAAAUAAAAUAAAAUAAAUUCGACGCAUAACACAAGGGAAUGGCGUAUUGUUAUUUUCAUCAUUUUCAUUUCAUUUAUUUCAUUACACGGGGGCCCUUUUUGUUUACUUGCUGGUUUGUUUGAGUCUCUAGGAGUUGAUAAUUGUGCAUACAUUUUAUUAUUUUAUUCGCCCUUUCUA